CACACACACUGUGGCUCCGUGCAGCAGGGAGGGCCCAGCAGCGCCUCUCGUACAGAAUAGCUCCUCUAUGAACGCCCCUGGUCUGUGAAUCACAUUUUCCACCUCCGACUCAAGAAGUUCACACUCCGGAGGGAGAGAAGAACCGGAGAAAAACCGGGACUGAGGGCAGAACCGGAGAAACCCCGGACUGAGGGCAGAACCGGAGGAAGACCCGGACUGAGAGGAGAGUCUCACCUCCAGCGGGAAAACUUUGCUCUUGUCCUCUGAGGACGCUCCACCGGAGACCAUGAGGGUUCGGGGAUUUACCGAGAGUUCCGUUCCUUUGUCACCGGAGCUGCCUGGAUGGAGGCAGCCCAGAUAGACUGCUGGUCUCUGGACCCGGGCCCGGUCCCGGACCCGGUCCUGCUCUGACAUGGACCUCCAGGUGGUCGUCUGGCUCUUCUACUGCCUGCUGCUGCCCGCCGCGCUGCUCUCAGCUUGUCUUUUCCGCUUCAACGUCCUGUCGUUGGUGUACUUCCUGUUCCUGCUGCUGCUGCCAUGGUUCCUCUGCCCCAACAAACACACCAUCAGAGGUCACACGGGCCGGUUCAUCAAAGCAGUGCUGGGCACCAGUCUGUUAUUUAUCGUGGCUCAAAUCUGCUUCCAGACGACACUGUACACGUAUCCGCCUCUCAGCAUCGCCAUCGGGGACAACUGCUCGCAAUGGGACACCAUCAGCAGACACAUCGGACUGUCCAGGCUCCCCCUGGACGACCCCUGGACGGUGACUCGUCUCGUCUGUCCGGACCUGGGAGUGUGUCUGGUGUCCUUGGUGACGGUGUUGCUGUGCGGCAGGUUGCUGAGGAACAGAGCGAUGGUGGCUGCAGCCAACAUCACAUCGCUUGAAGACGAGCCAGAGAACAAAGCACCAGAUGAGGUAGAGGAGGAUGCAGAGGAGGCAUCGGGAGACGACGAUGAGGAUGAUGAGGAUGUUGAGGAUGUUGAGGAUGUUGAAGAUGAAGAUGAGACCUAUCCCGGUGACCUGGAAGAGGAGGUUUCAGCGGCGACCAGAGCCAAGCAGCUGCGAGAGCGUCUGAAGGCGUCGGCGCGGAAAGUCCUGCGGGACCUGGGGAGGGUCCUGGCCGUCAGCCUGCUGGCUCUGGCUGGCAUCACACUCCCCUCAGCCUUCUCUGCAAUCUACUUCCUGCUCUUCAUCGGCGUGUGCACAUGGUGGGCGUGCCAUUUUCCCAUCAGCCACCUGGGCUUCAACGCGCUGUGUGUGAUGGUGGGCUUCUUCACCGCCGGCCACAUGGUGUGUCUGUACCUGUACCAGAGUCUGCUGGCCCAGGCCCUGUUCCCCCCUCACAGUCUGUGGGCCAGACUGUUUGGUCUGAAGGACAUCAUCGUACCAGGAAACUGCUCCCUGCCCUUUGAACUCACCCUCAACGCCGAUCACGACUGGCCGGUUUACGUGAACCCGGGAAUCCUCUUCCUCCUCUACAUCACCAUCGUGACUGUUCUCAAAACUGGAUAUCAUGGAACUGUAAGCCAGAAGCAGCAGCAGCAGGAGACGAGACAGGAGUCCAAGGAGGAGCUGCUGGAGCUGAGGGCCUGGAGCCAGGAGAGACAGGACGCCUGCGAGGACGACACCCAGCUCAUGCUCCUCUCAGUGGCUUCAGACGGUGGAGGACCCGAGUCUGCACACAGUCGGCCUGAUCUGGGAGCGAGCGCGGCGCCCCGGACCGGUCCCACCGAGAGCCCCUUCUACCUGCUGGGGAAGGUGGUGAUGCAGCAGAGCUACGUCUGCGCCCUCAUCGCCAUGAUGGUGUGGAGCAUCACCUACCACAGCUGGCUGACCUUUGUGCUGCUGCUCUGGGCCUGUCUCAUCUGGAUCCUGCGCUCCAGACGCCACGCCGCCACGCUGUGCUCCCCCUUCAUCCUGCUGUACGGCCUGGUCCUCUGCUGCCUGCAGUACGUCUGGGCCAUGGAGCUGCAGGCCGAGCUGCCCACCACGGUGGGCACCAUGAGCCUGAAGCAGCUGGGCCUGGACCGGGCCCAGUACCCCUGCCUGCGCCUGGGGGCCCUGCUUCUCUUCACUCUGACCUUCUGGCUGCUGCUGCGUCAGUCGGUGAAGGAAAACUUCAGCAGGAAGAGGAAAACCACCGCACCGCUGCAGGAAGUCACUACUGGAGAUGAAGCCCCCCCCAGCGACUCGGUGCUGAAGGUGCUGGGCGGGAUGGUGAUGAGCUGCUAUGCCAAGUACUGGAUCUACGUGUGCGGAGGGAUGUUCAUCAUGGUGUCCUUCGCCGGGAAGCUGGUGGCCUACAAGAUCGUCUACAUGCUGCUGUUCCUGCUGUGCCUGUGUCUGUACCAGGUCUACUACUCGCUGUGGAGGCGUCUGCUGAAGCUCUUCUGGUGGCUGGUGGUGGCCUACACCAUGCUGGUGCUCAUCUCCAUCUACACCUUCCAGUUCGAGGACUUCCCUGGGUACUGGAGGAACUUCACCGGCUUCACGGAGGACCAGCUGGCGGCCAUCGGGCUGGAGACGUUCGCCCUGUCCGAGCUCUUCACCAGCAUCCUCAUCCCCGGCUUCUUCCUGCUGGCCUGCAUCCUGCAGCUGCACUACUUCCACAAGCCCUUCAUGAAGAUCACCGACCUGGACAACGUGGCGCCCAGACGCAGGAAGAGAAGCAGCGAGAGCGCCGAGCCGCCCGGCGCCGAGGAGAAGGACGGGGUGGACGGCCGGGACACUCUGGACGCUCCGGACGACGAGCAGAGGACCGACCCAGACGAGGAGUCGGAGAACGAAGCAGAGCUCCCCCCCAGUAAGUGGGGUCUGGUGAUGGACCGCCUCCUGGACCUGUCCCGCAGGUUCUCCAACAUCCUCACCACCAUCCAGGUCUUCGUCUGGAGGCUGCUGGAGCUGCACAUCCUCAAGAUGGUGGCCUUCUUCUCCGUGUGGGUGGCCGUGGACGAGCCCUCCGUCAUGAACCUGGUUCUGGUGGUCCUCUGGUCCCUGGCCAUGCCCUACAGCCGGUUCCGCUCCAUGGCCUCCUGUCUGUCCACCGUCUGGGUCUGUGUCAUCAUCGUCUGCAAGAUGCUGUACCAGCUGAGCGUGGUCAACCCCGAGGAGUACUCCAGGAACUGCAGCCGGCCUCUGUCUAAUGAAACCAACCUGCGUCCAGAGGAGCUUCGGGGCUCCGCCCUGUACCGGGAGCCGGUGGACCCGGCCAACUGGUUCGGCAUCAGGAAGGACGCCACCGCUCUGGGAUACAGCAAGAACCACCUGCUGGUGCUGAUGCUGCUGGUGUUCGAGGCCACCGUGUACCGCCACCAGGCUCACCACUACCGCCAGCUGCAGCGCUCGCCGCCGCGCAUCCCCGCCCUGUUCCCGGCCGCCACCAGGGACACGCUGGACCAGGGCCUGCUGCCCUGCUUCAAGUACCUGCUCAACUACACCUUCUACAAGUUCGGCCUGGAGAUCUGCUUCCUGAUGACGGUCAACGUGAUUGGCCAGCGGAUGAACUUCCUGGUCAUCGUCCACGGCUGCUGGCUGGUGGCCAUCUUGGUGAGGCGGCGGCGGGCGGCCAUCGCCCAGAUCUGGCCCAGAUACUGCCUCUUCCUGUCGGUCUUCAUGAUCUGCCAGUACCUGCUGUGUGUCGGGAUUCCCCCGGCGCUCUGCAUCGACUACCCGUGGAGGUGGAACACUCUGGUCCUGAUGAACUCGGCUCUCAUUAAGUGGAUUUAUCUUCCGGAUUUCUACACUGUGCCCAAUUCCAGAAACCUCAUCGCGGACUUUGUGCUGCUGAUGUGUGCGUCCCAGCAGUGGAGGGUGUUUGAGAGCGAGCACGUGGAGGAGUGGAUGGUUUCAGCAGGAGAGAACACAGACGACCCCGAACCCAUGGAGGGCCGCCUGUUCAACCCCGCCCCCAACUUCAUCAACUGCAGAAGCUACCUGGACAUGGCCAAAGUGCUGGUGUUCCGUCACUUCUUCUGGUUCGUGCUGGCGGUGGUCUUCAUCACGGGGGCCACCCGGAUCUCGGUCUUCGGCCUGGGCUACCUGCUGGCCAGCUUCUUCUUCCUGCUGUUCGGCACCCGGCUGAUGGCCAAGGCGUCCCGGACCCGGCUCACCCUGUGGGACUGCCUCAUCAUCUACACCGUGGCCGUCAUCAUCUCCAAGAACCUGCUGUCGAUCCUGGCCUGUGUGUUUGUGUUCGAGAUGCAGAAUGGGUUUUGUUGGGUGAUUCAGCUCUUCAGCUUGGUCUGCACUGUCAAAGGAUACUACGACCCGAGGUCGGUGAGCUCGGAGACCUGCAGCCUCCCGGUGGAGGAGGCCGGGAUCAUCUGGGACAGCAUCUGCUUCCUCUGCCUGCUGCUGCAGCGGAGGAUCUUCCUCAGCUUCUACUUCCUGCAUGUGACCGCCGAGCUGCAGGCUUCAGCCAAGCAGGCCUCCAGGGGCUUUGAGCUGUUCAAGGCCAGCAUCGUGAAGAACAUCCGCUUCCACCAGCAGGCGGAGCAGAAGUCUCUCUCCCAGCUCAAGAGAUCGAUGCAGCGGAUUCGCGCCAAGCAGCAGAAAUACAGAGACGGACAUAAAACCAGUGAACCUUCUGAUGAGAGUCUGUCUGCUGGAAGAACAGACAGCCCGGCAGAGAAGAAGAGGUCCAGGAAGAAGAAGUGGCACCAGCCCUGGCUGGACCAUGCUACAGUGCUCCACUCGGGUGAAUACUACCUGUUUGAAUCGGACAGUGAGGAUGAGGAGGAGCAGCAGUCUGAAGAGCAGAAGCCUCAGAAGCAGACGGCCUGCCAGCUGGCCUACCAGGCCUGGGUCAGCAGUGUGAAAGCGGCUCUGAGGGAGCGGCAGCGGAGGCAGAGACUGAUGAAGAGGAGCAUGAAGAGACCAGCGGAGGGCCGAGACGGAGCCGGGUCCCAGCAGGAGGCCUUCCCAGGAGGCGCAGACGACGUGUUCGAGGUUCCUGAGGAGUCUGAGGAGGAGGAGGCGGAGGAGCAGGACUCAGGAGGCCACGGGGAGAUGGUGCAGCGGGUCCUGGACAUCCUGCGCUUCCUGUGGGCCAUCGUGCUGGCCAUGGUGGACGGCCUGACGCAGUGGCUCAACCUGCUGACCAAGCAGUACCGGGACACGUCCACCGUCCUGUGCAACGAGCGCUACUUCAUCAUCCACAAGAUCCAGCAGCAGCCUCAGGCUGCAGCAGACUCCACAGACGAGCUUCUGUCUGAGGACAGCGAGAACCCCACCCUGGAGACCUGCCUGGACGAGACGGACCCGGAGACCUCGGCCAGAUACAGCUGUCUGGAGGUGGACCCCAGGCCCGCAGCGGGCUGGUCCACGCCGGGACCCGGAGCCCUGCUGAGUCCAGAACCCUGGUCCGGCAGCGGGGGACCCACCUGGUCCUCGUCCGGCAGCCAGAACCGACACUCCAGGACGGCCAGCGAGCUGCUGGGAGACAGGCAGUUCUUCGUCGAGGAGCUGGAGCAGAGCAGGGACUUCUUCCAGAACCAGAACCGGCUGCUGCGGCUGCUGUUCGCCUUGUACAACCUGCUGGCCGCCAACUCGGAGCUGGUCUGCUACCUCGUCAUGGUGCUCAACAACAUGGCCAGCGCCUCCGCCAUCUCCCUGCUGCUGCCCGUCCUGGUCUUCCUCUGGGCCAUGCUGUCCGUCCCCAGACCCACCAAGAGGUUCUGGAUGACCGCCAUCGUCUACACCGAGGUGAUGGUGGUGGUCAAAUACAUCUUCCAGUUCGGGUUCUUCCCCUGGAACAGCGCCAUCGAGACGACCCUGAACGCAGACAAGCCCUUCUUCCCGCCGCGGAUCCUGGGCCUGGAGAAGACGGAGAACUACAUCCGCUACGACCUGCUGCAGCUGCUGGCGCUCUUCUUCCACCGCUCGCUGCUCAUGAGGUACGGCCUGUGGGACCGCGAGGGCCCGCUGGAGGAGCAGGGUCCCCCGGACGGCGCCGAGGCGGCGGACGGAGGGAGGAGGAGGGAGGAGGACGGGGACGUGGAGGAGGACAGGAUCAGCACCGCCUCCACUCUGGACAACCUGGAGAUUGAGGACCUGAACCAGGUGGAGCAGGGCGACACGGACCCCGACGAGCCCGGUACCAGCUCGGCCGCCGCCCCCCUCCAGCCCCCGGCCGGGCCCGGAGCCGGACCCGAGGGCCCCGGGACAGACGGAGUCCGGGAGUCCUCUCCAGCUGCCUCGCCGGAGAGGACGGAGGGAGACACGGAGACAGAAGACGUGUCCAAGAAGAGCAGCAGCAUCCGGUUCCGCAGGAAGGCCAAGAAGAGGCGCGGCGGCGCAGACCCGGGUCGGUCCGCUGCUCCUGGACUCCCCGCCCCGCCUCCGCCCCCCUCAUCUGCUCUGUCUGGGACCAUUUCAGGGGGGGCCGGCGCCGAGCCCGAAGACCAGAAGGACCAGAAGGACCAGAAGAAGAAGAGGAGCAGGAGGAGGGAAGCCGCCAGCCAGAGGUUAACGGCUGUGGGGAACAAGAUCCAGCAUGUGCUGCUGGCCGGGGUUCAGAGCGUCUACCGGCCGGCUCACAGCUUCUUCCAGGACAUCCUCCACGCCGAGUACCGGGCCGCCACCGACGUCUACGCCCUCAUGUUCCUCACCGACGUCAUCGACUUCAUCAUCAUCGUCUUCGGCUUCUGGGCCUUCGGGAAACACAGCGCGGCGGCGGACAUCGCCUCCUCGCUGUCGGAGGACCAGGUUCCCGAGGCCUUCCUGGUGAUGCUGCUCAUCCAGUUCAGCACCAUGAUCAUCGACCGAGCCCUGUACCUGCGCAAGGCGGUCCUGGGAAAGCUCAUCUUCCAGGUCAUCCUGGUGUUUGGGAUCCACCUGUGGAUGUUCUUCAUCCUGCCGGCCGUCACUGAGAGGAUGUUCAAUCAGAACUUCGUGGCUCAGCUCUGGUACUUCGUCAAGUGUAUUUACUUCGGCCUGUCGGCCUAUCAGAUCCGCUGCGGAUACCCGACCCGGAUCCUCGGGAACUUCCUCACCAAGAAAUACAACCACCUCAACCUGUUUCUCUUCCAAGGGUUCCGUCUGGUGCCCUUCCUGGUGGAGCUGCGUGCCGUCAUGGACUGGGUGUGGACCGACACCACUCUGUCUCUGUCCAACUGGAUGUGUGUGGAGGACAUUUAUGCCAACAUCUUCAUCAUCAAGUGCAGCCGUGAGACAGAGAAGAAAUACCCGCAGCCCAAAGGGCAGAAGAAGAAGAAGAUCGUGAAAUACGGCAUGGGAGGACUCAUCAUCUUCUUCCUGAUCUGCAUCAUCUGGUUUCCCCUCCUCUUCAUCUCAUUGGUCAGGUCGGUGGUGGGCGUGGUCAACCAUCCCAUCGACGUCACGGUGACGGUGAAGCUGGGCGGAUACGAGCCUCUCUUCACCAUGAGCGUGCAGCAGCAGUCCAUCCAGGCCUUCUCAGAGACGGAGUACCAGGACCUCACCAACAAGUUCAGAGACAACGCCAAAGCCAUGCAGUUCAUCACGCUGUACAGCCCCGAGGACAUCGUGACGGCCCGGAUCGACGGCAGCUCCGGCUCCGUCUGGAGCAUCAGCCCGCCCAGCCGCCAGGAGGUCGUCAAGGAGCUGCUGGGGAGCCCGGUCGACCUGACGCUGCGCCUGGCCUGGACCUUCCAGAGGGACCUGGGGAAAGGUGGAACAGUGGAACACACCUUUGACAAGCACUCCAUCGACCUGGAGCCUGGGAACCCGGUUCGAGCAGACCUGGCCUCUCUGCUGGUGGGGAAUCGCACCGAGCCGGUGCUGGUUCCUCACAUGUUCCCCAACUACAUCCGAGCCCCCAACGGGGCGGAGGCCAAGCCCGUCAGCCAGCUUUACAAAGAGGACGAGGCGGACUACAUGAACCUGACGCUGUCCCUGACCAGCGACCGCUCGCUGAACGGCAGCGGCGACCGGGAGUGGUGGGACAUCGCCGUGGCCGGCUGCCAGAGCGCCCGCGGCGUCCUGCCCAUGGUCAUCUUCAACGACAAGGUCAGCCCGCCCAGCCUGGGCUUCCUGGCCGGAUACGGCAUCAUGGGCCUGUACUUGUCGGUGGUCCUGGUCAUUGGGAAGUUCGUCCGCGGCUUCUUCAGCGAGAUCUCUCACUCCAUCAUGUUCGAGGAGCUGCCCUGUGUGGACCGCAUCCUCAAACUCUGCACCGACAUCUUCCUGGUGCGUGAGACCGGCGAGCUGGAGCUGGAGGAGGAGCUCUACUCCAAGCUGAUCUUCCUGUACCGCUCUCCAGAGACCAUGAUCAAGUGGACCAGGGACGUCCAGACCCGGGACGCAGACAGACCCUGACCGGGAGUCCGGGAGCUGGACCGUUAAAGGGGCGCGUCCUGUGCACGCUGAACUGACACAACCAGGGAGCAGCGCCCCCUGCUGGACUCCUGCUGCCGGGUCUCUGACUGAAGCAGCCGGUCCGGACUGCUGUGGGGGGGCGGGGGGGGGGGGGACCGGGGGGGCCGGCGGCCCGGCCAGUGUCUGCAGCGCUGGCUGAACUUUCUGGACCGUGACGCUGGAAGCCACCCCCCCUCCAGAACCCUCCUGAUCUUCAUAGUUCUGACUGGAUGUUUGAUCUGGGGGCCUCUGCCCGUCCCGGCUCCUGGGACCGUGAACAGAGCCGUGGACCACACUUUGAUUCCCGUUCCUUGACGUUUCUCUGGUUUCGGAGAGCUGCAGAAACAGGCGGCCGCUGUGUGAAACAGGUCCCGCCCAAUAAAACCGCUGAGGACCUUCAGAGUCUCGGGUCUUUGGUCUCAGAAUGAACCUGCUGCUUUGGAUCCAACGGCCCUGAUCCAGAUGCACAGUUCUCCAGAUACCGAGUCCGGAUCAGCAGUGCUCUGAAUGGACCGGUCCACGAUGUGGACCAGCAGCAGUGCAGAGAACCACAGGAAGAAGAGCCGACAUGGCUCCAACACAACAGGAACGGAACAUCCGGUUCUACUGACCAGGUCUUUAGUGAUCGUCUGAUCACUGACACAUGGUGCAUCGUUUGAAAAGGUUUCGAGUUAAAACAAAAAAAGCCUAAAUAUCCAACAGUUAUCAGAGUAAAGGCCGUUCAGGUCCUCCAGCAGGUUCUCCUGCUCUGCUGCAGGAGGAUCUGAGCUCCUGUCACUGCUGCUUCUACCAGAGGAUCCAGGCUGGUCUCCAGGAACAGGACUGAGAUCCAGGACCAGGAGGAAGUGGAUCACUUCCCUCUGCUGGACCCCUGCAGAGCCGCAGCGUUCUGUCCUCCAGUCAUGAACAGAACCUCGUCUGUCUUCUCGCCUCUCUGAAAGCGUUGGUUUCCUGUUUGGUGUUGAUUCCAUGGAGACAAGAUCAGUUUCAUUUUCACGUUACUGUCCUGACAGGCUUCGCUGGCAGCCUGUGUCUACUUUAUCUCAACAAACCCAGACCAAAAUACAAAUAAAAGCAUCAACAAUAAACGAUACAAACUGAUUUUUGACCAAUUUUAAAAGUUUUGCUCCAUUUUCUUCCUGAAAUCCACCUUGAAAUCCCCCCUGCUGCUGGGAUCAGGACAGUCCAGUCUUUUUAAACUAGGAUUGGUUUACAUGACAACAAACUCUUUUCAAGAUCUGAUCCAAACCGAGAACCAGACUCCAGAAUCCAUCAGACUGGACCAGCUGGCCCAAGGUGCUGCGAGUCUCUCAAUAAGCCGCAACAUUCGGGUUUUCAGUCGACUUUAUUAAAAUGAAAAAUACUAACAGCUACGA